CUCACUUAACCUUACCUGCCUCAGGUACAUAUUAGCCUCACUCACCUUUUUCCAAUAUUUCAACUAAAAAGUUUAAAAUCAUGUAUAUGAAAUAACCAAAGAUAAUAUAAGACAACAAUAUAAAUUAAUUAGUAUGAGAUGAAAUGAGAUAAUACAGAGUUUUCUAUUCUCUUUCCUUUCUUUCCCCAUGGCUCUCCCACGGCACCUCCUCAACACCUUCGCCAGGCCGCGUAUAAGACCUUCUUCUUUUUCUUCUUCCUCUUCUUCUUAUACCUCUAUCCCCUCCCCCACGCGGCGCCUCUUCAACGCGGACGCCGUCUCCCACCCCUCCAACCGGGUCCAGGUGUACAUCUCGCGGGCGACGGACCCGUACCUCAACCUCUCCAUCGAGCACUUCCUCCUGCAGACGUCCCCCCCGGACUCCGUCGUCUUGUUCCUGUACGCGAACCGGCCCUGCGUGGUCGUCGGCCGCAACCAGAACCCGUGGGUCGAGGUGAACUUGGGCCUUCUGGGCCCGGGGAAAAGCAGCGUCGUGGACGAGCGCGGGGAUCCUCUCGAUGGCCCCGUGCUCCUCGUACGCCGGCGCUCCGGCGGCGGCACCGUCUUCCACGACUCCGGCAACGCUAACUACAGCGUGAUAUGCCCGCCCGCCUCGUUCGACCGCAACAAGCACGCGGAGAUGGUCGUCCGCGCGCUCCGCUCCCUCGGCGCGUCCGGGUCCCGCGUCAACGAGCGGCACGACAUAGUGCUCGACGUCAACGUCGACACCCCCGAGCACACGCACACGCAGACGCAGACGUUCAAGGUCUCGGGCUCGGCCUACAAGCUGACGCGCCUGCGCUCCCUGCACCACGGCACCUGCCUCCUGCGCUCGCCCAACCUCCCCCUCGUCGGCCCGCUGCUGCGCUCCCCCGCAGCCCCCUUCAUCAAGGCGCGCGGCGUCGAGAGCGUGCGCAGCCCGAUCCGCAACGUCGGUGUGGCGGAUAUCGCCGAGUUCGAGGACGCUGUCGUCGCCGAGUUCGGCGCCAUGUACGGAGACGUCGACCCCGAGGUUAUCCGGCAGGCGGAUGCCGAGGCGGCGCUGGAUGGUGUCCUGGCUAUCGCGAAAGGGUACGCUGAGCUCAAGUCCCGGGAAUGGAUAUACACGCAGACGCCGCAAUUCUCCUUCUCCACGCACCCAACCGACGACGACCCUCGUCCUAGACCGCCUCUACCGGACGACCUGCCCCCGGAUUUCCGCGCAGCUAUGACGGUCCGGCACGGGCAGAUCACCGAAAUAUCCGGGACAGGUCUACCAGAGGAGUCCCUGAAAUCGGCGUACCUACACCACAUUACCGACUGGCGGUCCAAAGUUAACAGCGAAGCCGUUGGAAGGUGGCUUAACAAUUUAUUCGGGGUCACGGGUAAAAACUAAUUUUUACAUCUCAAGUACCGAGUUAUUUUAGGUACCCAUGCAUAUAGAUACCUACUUAGGCACCUAGAUAUGCAUUCAUUGUAUAUAGAAAAGGGGGCCUCCAUAUAUAUUAGAUUAGGUACCUCA